AUGCUCUACAGCACUCCGCUUACGCAGUUCAUGGUCCAUGGCUUUCGAUCUCUUCCGACCUUCAGCACCGAGGCCGCCGGUUUUUUAUACACACUCUUCCUUUUCAUGAAGUCCGAUGUCACGACGACUAUAAUUCCUGCCGUUGAUAACGGACACUCGAAGGUCGCGCUCGGCGUCAGCCUCGUGGGCAUUCCCACCGCCAGUGCCUUUCUCGAAGGUCUACUAUGGCUGGCGCUGCAUUUGCUCGCCUUCGACAUUAUUGGCCUCGAUGAGGACCGCUUGUCCAAGCCCCAUCGUCCCAUCGCUGCCGGAAGAAUCUCCCUUCAGGCCGCUCAAAUUUUACACCUCCUUUUCUCCUGCUCAUCUCUCCUUCUAAGCGCGCGUUAUGGCCUGUUGCCGCACUCCGCCGUCUAUCUCGCAUGUGCCGCAGCCUACAACGACGGGAAUCUAGCGCGAUUUUGGGCGAGCAAAUCUGCGAUGAUCGGCAUAGGAUUGGGAAUAUGUUGCUGGGGGACUGUGGUGUGCUUCAAUCAGGGCCGGCCCCUGGGCCCCGUGGCCAUUCACGCGCUCGUCAUUGUCGCACUCCUGCUAGCCACGACGGUCCACGCUCAGGACUUCCGCGAUGUGACAGGCGAUGCUGCAAUCGGGCGCACGACGCUGCCGAUGGUUCUUCCGUCCUCAUUCGCACGUUUGUCCCUUGCUGUACUCCUUAUCUCGUGGUCGACAACACUUGUGCACUUCUGGGAGCUUCCAGCAGGCGUCGCUGGCUUACUGUACGCAUUGGCAGGAGUCACGGCAUUGUUUUUCAUACGUGGCGGGACAGAGAAGGCGGACCAAGAUGCAUGUUGGUGGUACAAUAUGUGGUUCACGGCCUGUUUGAGCUUACCUGUGUUCCAGCGACUACAGCAGGACCUCGAGCACAACCUGUAA